AUCUACACAGGGAGGGGAUGGACGAGGUGCUGGACCACGCGGACAUACAGCUGACAGUGGGGGAGACUGUCACAGAAACUGUCAGUGGGGUGCAUUCAGAAAUCUCAUCAUACACAAGCAUGCAAAGUCUGGCAGCUUUAGUUCCCAUGGAGACAAGCAUCAUAGCAGAGACCUUGACCUCUGCAGAUGAGGUCAUGAGUACCAUGGAAGCCGGCCCAACAAAUUUUCCAUCAGGUCUGGAUGACUUCACUGCCCGAAUGUCUGUUAACGAUGCUCGUAAUUUGGUAGAACUUCUGAAGCUUGCUGUGGCGUCCAGAAUGGGAGAACUGGCUAAAGAAGGACUGUCAGACAUCCUUACUCGACUGGCCAAGGCAUAUCCUCAGGUGGCUGAGAUGUUGUUGGAGCUGUGUGUUACAGAGUUGGAGGAUGUGGCAUCAGAUCGAGUCUGUGGGAGGCUACCACAGCCGGUGGUACAGGAGUGUCCCCACCCCUACAGUGAUGAUACCUCACUCAGCGGCACAGUCAAAAUACCAGGAGCUGAUUCAUUGAGGGUGGAGUUUGAUCGCCGAUGUUCUACAGAGAGGAGACAUGAUCCCUUGACAAUCUCAGACAGUUCUGGUAGAACCCUGGCUGUAAAAUCAGGACGAGAGUGGUCUGAUUGGUCCCAGGAGCUGCGGAUUGACGGAGAUGAGCUGCGAUGGAAGUUUGUCAGCGACGGCUCCGUUAACGGCUGGGGCUGGUACUUCACUGUGUAUCCCAUCAUGCCUGCUGCUGCUCCCAUGGACAUGCUCUCUGACAGAACAGUCCUGUCGCGUCCUUCCAUUGACCUGGUCACCUGUCUUCUGGACUUCAAACUGGACAUUAACCUGGCCAGGAAUAUCGUCACCAGACUGGCCGCGACUCUGGCUGCCAAUGCUCAGCUGAGUUCACUAGGGUCCAGCCAGAGAAUGUGGGCUUUACAAAAACUCCGAAAACUGAUGACCUCUGACACCUCGGAGCAGAUCGUCAAUGUCAACACGUUACUGGCCAGUCCCACUGUGGAGACAGCGGAGCCCGACCUAACACCUCGAUCCUCCACAGCACUCCUGAGCAGUUCCUCGGUGACCUCCCUUGUUAAGGGUCUACCUGAGGCCCUACAGAGACAGUAUGACUAUGAGGAUCCUAUAGUAAGGAGUGGCAAGCACCUGAUGCACAGCCCAUUCUUCAAGGUUCUAGUGGCCUUAGCCUGUGACCUUGAACUGGACAAGCUGAACUGCUGCAGUGAAGCACACAAGUGGGCGUGGUUCCGUCGCUACUGCAUGGCAGCACGCGUCGCCACGGGGAUUGUCCAAAGGACUGCCUUGCCAAUCUCUUUCCUGGAGGAGGUCCGAAAAAAGAUUCUGGACAUUUCGUGUGAUGAAGAAGAGGAUACAAAUGCUCAUGAAAAUCACGAAAUUUUCAAACAAGAACAAGAUGAACAGUUACUGUUGUGGUUGAACAGGAAACCGGAGGAAUGGACUUUGUCCUGGGGAGGGAGUGGUCAAAUCUGGGGGUGGGGCCACAAUCACAGGGGACAGCUUGGGGGAGUGGACGGUGCCAAGGUCAAGCAGCCGGUCAGCUGUGAGGGUCUAGCGGUCACCAGGCCCAUUCAGUUGGUAGGAGGGGAGCAGACCUUGUUUGCAGUGACAGCUGAAGGAAAGGUGUUUGCUACAGGAUAUGGGGCUGGCGGGAGGCUAGGAGUUGGAGGGACAGAGUCUGUGUCCCACCCCACACAACUGGAGUCCAUUCAGCAUGUGUUUAUUAAGAAGCUGGCCGUGAACUCGGGAGGGAAGCACUGCCUGGCCCUGUCUGCUGAUGGGGAGGUGUACUCCUGGGGAGAGGGAGAGGACGGGAAACUAGGUCACGGUAAGUAG